AUGAGCGGUGAAGAUCCAUUAAGAUCAGUUCUUUUGAUCGGGGGUGCUGGUUUUUUGGGAUUACAUUUAAUCCAACAAUUUUAUCAUCAUAAACCAAAUACCAAGAUCCACGUAUUUGAUAUUCGUCCAUUACCAGAAAAACUUUCAAAGUAUUUUACAUUUGAUAGGGAACAAGUAGAGUUUCAUCAAGGGGAUCUUACUAAAGAGGAAGAUAUUUUGAAAGCGAUCGAAAGAUCUAAAUGUGAUGUUAUUAUUCAUUCUGCUUCACCAAUUCAUGGGAUGGGACAAGCGAUUUAUGAGAAAGUUAAUGUUGUGGGUACUAAGACUUUAAUUAAAGUUGCCAAACAAGCACAAGUGAAAGCAUUGGUGUAUACUUCAUCGGCCGGGGUUAUAUUUAACGGACAAGACGUUAUGAAUGGGAAUGAGACCUGGCCAUAUCCCGAAGUACAUAUGGAUGGAUAUAAUGAAACCAAGGCUAUUGCAGAAACUGCGGUUAUGGAAAGUAAUUCUAGUGAUUUCAAAACUGUUUGUUUAAGACCAGCAGGAAUCUUUGGGCCUGGAGAUCGACAAUUGGUUCCAGGUUUAAGGGCAGCAGCCAAAUUAGGACAAUCCAAAUUUCAAGUUGGUGAUAAUAAUAAUUUAUUUGAUUGGACUUACGUUGGAAAUGUAGCUGAUUCCCAUAUUUUGGCAGCAGAUAAGAUUUUAGAUGCCAAAACAUCUUCAGAAGUUGAAGGGCAGACUUUUUUCAUUACAAAUGAUUGUCCUACAUAUUUUUGGACCUUGGCUCGUACCGUAUGGAAAGCCGAUGGCCAUAUUGUUGACAGAAACAUUGUCUUAUCCAGGCCGGUUGCUUUAGUAGCUGGAUACUUAUCGCAAUUUUUUUCUAAUUUAUUAAAUAAAGAAGCUGGAUUAACUCCAUUUAGAGUUCGGGUUACUUGUGCAUACCGUUACCACGAUAUUACUAGGGCCAAAGAGAUAUUAGGGUACGAACCUGCGGUUGAUUUAGAAACUGGUAUUAAACAUACAUUAGAUUGGAUUUAUGAAACUCACGAAGAUUAGUUUAGUAGUAUAGCAAUAUAAAAUAAAUGAAUAAAAAUCGUG